CAUAGUAACAUCAAAGCGAAUAAUUAUCUUGUUUGUUUUUUAUUUUGACGGUUUUUCUAGGUAAAUUAUGUUUCGCCUGACACUUUAACUGUAUUUUAUGUUAAUAUAACAUUGUUAAUCACUGACAAUGCGUCUUCCCUCCGUUUCUAUGAUAAUCACCGGGCUAUUUACUGCCUGGAUUUUCCAUUCCAUGUAUACCCUUUACAAAAUUUGUGUUAUCCAACCUUGUGAUCCUGGUUCUCCAUCAUGUCUUCGUCCGAUGUGGAAAGAGGAUGAUAUUUUCUCACUGUUUUUAUGCACUUCAAUUAGCGGUCAUCCACUAGCAUUUCCAUUGAAGACGAUUUAUAUAAAUGACAAAUUUAACACAAAAAGUAUCCCGAAAUUAGAGUUUAAUAUUACUCUAGAAGAUAAGGUUCUCAACAAUGGCACCUUGUUUCUACAUGCUUUUCUUACCAAGUCCCGAUCUCACCGAGAGGUAAACAAGGAACUUAUCAACAGCAAAUUAACGUCUCAUACAGUUGGUUCGCUGACUCACUACAUUCCUAAACGAGCUGCAUCAUAUAAACUGUUAGGAGGACAAAAUCAAAAGAGAGAUGAACCUAAAUUCUCGGGUCUUCCUGUUACUCACUGGAAGCCAAAAAUUGUUAUUGACAUGGUCUCAAGUCCACAAACUCUUCCAAUUUCAGCUAUAACAGAAGAAAUGGCUCCUCUUUUGAAGGUCAACAAAAACCGGCAAUAUCUACCAGUUCUUCAUAUCAGCUCAAAUCGUCACAGGGUUCGAGAACUUAUCCCUGUCGAGCAUGAUAAACCUGUUUAUCAUCUUGAAGUGAACAUUGACCAAGCAUCAAUUGGCAAACUUCGUUUCAUUCUGUUGGUUGAAUCAUCUUUCUCAACUAUGCCUGAAUUAGGAUUCAGUGAAUAUGACACGGAUGAUGUGAAAGGAAUCCUUUUUGAUACCAGUCUAUUUUUGCUCCUCGUUACUGUAUUCGUUUCUUGUUUUCAUCUUCUUUUCGACUUUUUGGCAUUUAAAAAUGAUGUACAAUUCUGGCGUCGUCGAGAUUCAAUGGCGGGACUCUCCUUCAGCAGUCUCUUGUGGCGUUGUGUUUCUCAAAUUAUCAUUGCACUCUAUCUUCAUGAUCAACAAACUAGUUUAAUUGUUGUAAUUCCAGCUGAUAUUGGAGCUUUGAUUGAAUUAUGGAAGUUAAAAAAGGCCUUGAAAAUUGAAUUUGAUGGUUUUAGGAUUAAGAUGAAUUCUAGAUCAAAAGAUGAAAAGACAACUGAUGCAUAUGAUACUAAAGCGAUGAAAUAUUUAUCAAUUUUCGUCCUCUAUCCUCUUGUUACUGUUGGUGCAAUUUACUCUCUCCUUUAUACUGAACACAAAUCAUGGUAUUCUUGGUUUAUUCAAAGUGCAGCAAAUGGUGUCUAUGUAUUUGGUUUCCUAUUCAUGCUACCGCAAUUGUUCAUAAACUACAAACUUAAAUCAGUUGCUCACUUGCCAUGGAAAGCAUUCAUGUACAAAGCAUUUAAUACAUUUAUCGAUGAUCUCUUUGCCUUUAUAUUGACUUCUAUCCCUACUGCUCAUCGCGUUGCUGCUUUCCGAGAUGAUAUCGUGUUCUUAAUCUAUUUAUAUCAACGAUGGUUAUAUCCUGUUGAUAAAAGUCGAGUUAGCGAGGAUUCAGCAAUCACCGAUGAAAGUAAAAAAGAGGAUUGAUGAUUCCAAAUUUUUUUAUACUAGUCCCAAUUGAAAAAAAUGCAACGAAAAUUGUAUGCAAAGUAAAAAACUCAAGAGCGACCAUCAAACUGCAUUUAAUGAAUAAAUUCUGUGAAUUUUUUGCGUGAUGAUUGAGGCUUACAAUAAAUAAAAUUGUUAAUAAAAUUAAGUAUAUUGCAA